UCAUACCCUUAAACACCAAUCAAAUGUAAAUUGGUUUAUCAUAACGAAAACCAAAUAAUGGAGAGAAUGAGAACCAUACUAAUCACUGCAUUAUUGUUCAUAAGUGUAGUGGUUGCAGAAGAUGCUGGUGCUGGUAAAGCCAUCAAUCCUAUAGCAGAUGCUGCAACCGAUGAAAGCACUAAUGUAGCUAAAUACGUUGGUAUCAGCUUGGCCUUUGAUCAAAUACUUAGUGGACAAACUCAAGCAUACGAGUCUCCCAGGUUCAAGAGGUUUGUGACACAUUGCAGCUCACAUGUUGCUGAAACAUGCAGUGGAAAUGAUCCAAUGCAAAAAGGAGGUGGAAUCAAUGGCCAAUUAGGGUUGUCUCAAUGCCUUUUUGAUUCCAUGGAAGCAUGCUUGGUAGAUCACAAGGCCUCACUUUAUCAAACAACUUCUUCCUAUAAACCUAAACAGUCAAUUCAAUAUUUGACAGAGCUCAUUCAGACUGUAAAAUUUCAAGCCGUCUUGAGAACAUGCUCUCAAUCCACUGCACAAAAUUGUUUGACUGAUUAUAAUGUUGAUUCAUCAGCUUUAUCAGCUUGUCUUGUACCAUCUUUGAAUCAGUGUGUGUAUCCUACUCUAUGGUGGCCAUUUCCACCACCACCACCACCACCACCACCACCACCAAAACCACUACCACCACCUUUUCCUACUGAAGUUGAGCCUGAUCAAAUUACGCCUAAUCAAAUUACACCUGAUCAAGUUGAUCAAGUUGAGCCUCCUGAUCAGGAGAGAUAAAUGUACUUGCGUUGCAUUUUAUACUAAUACAGCAAUAAUUGCAAUGCAUUAUAGAUUAUCCUAUAUAUGUAAGGAAUAAUCUCUUCAUCUCUUUGCAAACAUUGUUUCUACUCGUUGCUUUAUGGGGAAGGAUCUGUUGUACCUUCAGUGUUAGUGUUCUAAUUAGCUAUAUCACUGCAGGCCAUCUGUAAUAAAAUCAUUGAAGAAUGCUAUGAUAUAUCAUAAUGACGUUCCUACUA